AUGAGCCGGUUCGCGACGCUCGAGGACGUCGAGGAUCUGGCACCUGGCUAUGUGCGGGGCGUAUUGGGACAUGCAGGUACGUGCCUCUUGGAGCGCGGGCUCUUGGAUGCGGCGCAAUGGGCACUGGAGCUGCAGGCCUGCGUGCCCCGUUCCCAUGCAGCGGCGCUGGGCACGCCGCGCACGGCUGAUGUAGGGUCCAAGUUUCCGACGCACUCUACGCCUGCAUUGAAUGUGGCAUCGCCCACAUGGGGCGACUCCAAACGGCUGGGUGAGGGCGGUGCGUCGUGGACGAGUUGGGAGCCGACGUCACCGGCAGGCCCGAGUCGCGCAGUGGCAUCGCCGGCGCCGUCGAUGGAUCCGCUGACGUCACCUGAGGCGCCUGGGCAUGUGCGAUUUUCCGAUCCACCGCCGCCUGCGCUGGACGCGGCGCACGACGAUGAGCUGUACGCGUUGGCCAAGACGUACUUUGACCGUGAGAACUACCAUGCGUGUGUGCAGCUGCUGGAUAAGCAAGCAGCACUCUCAGACCGUGCACGCUUCCUACAGGUGUUUGCGAAGCUGCAAAUCUACGAGCAGCACUUGGGUCACUCAGGCGAAGGUCUCCCGCCGCUGCCGUACGCCGAGGCGGGCUCGUCGGCCGCUGUGCCGUCGCCGCUGACGGAUCUGCUAGAGCCUCUGCGUGCACCGCGCGAUCCUUUUUUAUUGUUCCUCAAAGGUGUUCUGUUGCGCAAGCUGCACAAGCGCGUAGAAGCGAUGGAUUGCUUGCUGUCGAGUGUACAGGCGUUCCCCUAUAAUUGGAGUGCAUGGAAGGAGCUCGACCGCACGCUUGAUUUAAAGAGGGGAGAACGCGAGCAGAUUUUGGACCUGCUUCCGAACUCGUUCAUGAGUGUCUUUUUCCUGGAGUACUCGCAGCGGCAGUCGACGCAGGUGGAUGCGGCGCACCUGGCGCGCAUUGAUGCGCUGCUCGCGCAUUUUCCUGACUCGGCGUACCUGAUCACAAGUCGCGCACAGUCGCUGUAUUUGCACCAGGAGCUUGACGAGGCGGCAGAGACGUUCCAGCACGCGCUCGAGCUGCAGCCGUACCGGCUAGAGGGCAUUAGUGAGUACUCUAACACGUUGUAUGUGCUGGAUCGCGCCGACAUGCUCGCCCAGCUGGUGCAGCAAUUUUCGCAUGUGGAUGACAGCCCCGAGGUGUGGUGCAUGCGGGGCAACUUUUACAACCAGCGCAGUGAGCACUUUCGCGCAGUCGAGUCGUUCAAGCAAGCGCUGCGCCUCGAUCACGAGUGUGUGGCGGCGUGGAUCCUGCUGGGCCACGAGUACUUGGAGCUUAAGAACAGCCAUGCCGCCGCCGAGAUGUACCGGCGAGCCAUCGAGAUCAAUGCACACGACUAUCGUCCGUGGCACGGCCUGGGCCAGGUGUACGAGCUGAACGAGGCAUGGUCUGCGGCGAUUGACUACUACCAACAAUGUGCUGUGAUCCGGCCACACGAUGCGCGUAUGUGGGCCUCCCUUGGCGUAUGCUACGAGCGCUUGGGCCGGCGUGCCUCGGCCAUUGCGUGUUUCCGGCGGCACCUCACGUGUCCGCUGACCCAGCUCGAGUCGGUCGAAGCGAUAACGCGCCUCAUUGAGCUGUACGAGCGCGAGGGCGACACGGCGAAUGCGACGCUGUACCACUGUCUGCUAGUGCAGGUCAUUGACCAGCAUGUGGGGCACAUGGAUCCGUCGUUGGCGGCGCGCUUCGCGUAUAGCUACAUUGUGGCGGCACGCUAUGAUAUGGGCGAGCUUGACGGCACGCUGUACCACUCUCCGCAAGACCAGCGGUCGGGGCGCCCUGCGCGCCCAACGCAUCCCCGUGGCGACCUGCAGCGCGCGCACGACUACCUGCAAAAGGUGCUGCUGGCCGGCACGGAUAUGACGCCCCUGGCGGAGGAACUGUUGGCAAAGCUGGCGGCCUUGCGCGCUACCUAG